AUUAUGGUAUGAGAUAUAACCUACAAUAAUUUGUCCGUAAUGAAAACAAACGCGAAAGGACAAGAAUUACCUAUUAUUGUACAAAAAGAAAUAAUGUGUCAUGUUACCAUUAUAUUCUAGGUAAGAGAUUGAAGACACUCGAAGGCACUGCAACAAAAUCUGUAGAAAAGGAAGAAACAAAUACGAAUAAACAAUCAAACAAAAUGCGACCGCGCAAGUUUAGAUUACCAUUAAACGUGGAUAAUUUUACGCAUACUGACAAGAAAAUAGUGGUUGUCUCAGUAUUUGGCAAGUCACAAUAUCGAGCAAAAGGAUGUAAAGCAGACAUGCUCAGUUCUGUACUCCAGGUAAAUCUCCUGGAUGAGGUACAGGUUGAUGAAGACUCUAUGUGUGAAAUUGAGGGAUAUUACAAUACUAAUGAAAAGACAGUUUACUUGCACUUGAGAGGACUCUUAGAUACUCAUACACUCUUAGCUGAAUAUGACAAGUUCACAGAGAAGCAGGAUUGCAAGGAUUUUCUCAGUGUAUGGGCACAUAUGAGAGAUAAAUAUGCUAGGGCUCUUUUGAUACUUUUUCACAUAUCUCAUGUAAUUAUACUUACUCAUCCCACACACACUUUUGACUACAACUAUGUACAUUUAUUUCGCGCUAUGGAUAUAAUCAGGCAAAAGAUUUCUCCUCAACUUUCUGAUGUGCUAAGCUGUAUUCAUAGUCUACCCAAGGAUUGGAUUUCAAAUGUCCGGCCUUGUUCACCACGAGUGCUGUUUUAUUUUGAAAGUUGUCCUGUAGUAUUUCAGAAUCCAGACAAUGAUGUUAAUAUUAAAAAGUUAGAGCACUGCCUUGAGGAUCAGAUUUAUCAUGUAUUAAGAAAAAAUAGAAUUGUUACCAAUAUUAGCUCUAAUUCUUUAUUCGCAAUACCGGCUAAUCAGGAAUUUGUCUACGUACACACUGGAAGUACAGAAUCUAGCGAUAUGUUAGGUUACAUGGCGAGCAAGUUGAUACAAGCCUGCAAAGUUGGUUCCAGUGGUUCGACAUCAAGAAGUCUCGCCAGUCUGGACUCGUAUGUUUCGACGGAUGACACCGAGGAAGAGCCUCAUUCGUUCAGGUUAUUUUUGCAACAACACAUCAAUCUGGCCUUUGCGAGAGGAUUCGAUGACAACGUCGGCCGACACUCCGUGCCUGCCUAUUUUGAGAUACCCACUCUCAAUGUGUUUUGCCAAGUGGCAAAUAAGGUCUUCGACUAUUUUAUCCAUAGCACCGACAAAGAACUGUUGGCGCUUCACAAUCUGUUGGACACCGACGUAAAGUUCAGCAAGAGUAGAUGCAGCAAAGUACUUCCAAGAGCUUUGCAAACUUAUCAGGAGAACUUGCCGCAGCAUUACACGAGAGCGUACCAUGAAUCGAAGUUGGCGCACGCAAUGGCGGUUUUCGAGAUGCACGCCCGUGGCCCAUUGUUUGAAGAGUUUAGUGAGAAACUGCAAGCCGAAUGCGACAAGCACUGGCGUGCCGGCAGGCAGAUGUGCGAAGUACUUUCUCUCACUGGCCAUCCCUGCACGAAUCCCAUUCACAAAGGAGGCAGUGAAGGUGCGGGAGGUGGAGAACAGACGGAGCCCAGAGAGGACGAUGGCGAAUUACCUGUACGAGAACAUUGCAGUGGCGUCAGAUACGUAUGCGCCUGCAAUUGCGGUAGAUACCAGAACUCCAGGGAGGAUCCUUUCAGCCUGAGACAGGCAAACUACGAUUACUUCCAACUGUUGGCGAAGCAGUGCGGUUGCGCGCAAUUGGAAAGCAUACAGUUCCCUGUAUUUCAGCCAAGUACACACAAUUUCAGAGCUGCACAAUUAUUUUCAGCAACGAAACGCCACGAUUCUUUUAGUCGCACUGGAUCUUCUACUCCCCAGGGACAUACACAAGCUUGCAGCUUAGGAGGCGACAGUUUGAACGGUGAAAUCACUGAUUACGGUAGUGGCGGCCAGUCACCAGUUACAAGCGACCCGAUCGAAGAGGAUAUCCCCAGAUUAAGCAGUAAGACUAGUCUUACGCCCAGCGAUGCACACAAAGUUGUUAUAGAAGUUACUGAUAGCGAUGCCGAGAAUUCGAAAGAAAAGUCGUUAGUCAGGCAACCAUCGACGACGGAAUAUCUACCUGGAAUGUUACACACCGAAUCGCCGGCUGGUUUAUUGCCGCAAUUUUCCAGCUGGUCAUUAGUAUGCCUCGGACCAAGUAGUCUUUAUUCCCACAAUUUAGGACUGCAGCAUCAGACUGGUGUAUUGCCUACAUCUGCGUUUCUGUUACCGUGGGACGUAACAGUAAGAUUAGAACAUCAAAAAGAACGAAGUUCGUUAUGGCCUACGAUAAACGACCACGGCGCUCAUGGCGGGUAUUGUCCGCGAGGUAAGAAUUUCCAGAACGCGAAUCCUAUUCGUGGUCGGAAAUCGAAAGGUGGCAAAGAAUUUGUUGUUAAGAUAUUUGUUGGUGUGGAAUAUGAAUGUCCACGCGGGCAUAGAUUCAUGGCGUCUGCGCCCGAUAAAGUACUGAAAGCGACCGGAAGCGGAAUCGUGAAAGACAGUGGAAACAAGGUAACGUCCAGUACGGCGGACAUGCCGCUUUACUUCCCAUGUCCAUGCAGGUCGACUAAACCAUUAAUCGCGCAGUUAAUGAGAAUCCACGUUGUAACGCCCAAAGCGCCGGUACACGUUACAUUGAACCCCCGAGUACAACCUGGUCCACCACCUUGCCCAAUAUUCGUCACUGGAUGUGAGGAACCGAUCAAACUUUCACAGAGUGCAUACUGGAUCUUGAGAUUACCUUAUGUAUAUAUGGGUGAGAAAGGACCAUAUUUAGUACCUAAGGAACCAGUACCUACCUCCCAUGGGCGUUUAUUAGCUGGGAUGUAUGGUAUCAGUGAAGUUAUGCCAGAGAAGAAAUAAAGGGAACUAUGAUAUAAAAUAUGUAUAUGAUAUCUUAAUGUAUAUAUGAAUUUGUUUAUAUCUGAACAGAUUUAUUAUUACAUAAUACAAAAGACUCGUAUUGUUUUGUAA